AUGGCAGUCAUUUACGCAAUCGGUGACAAGGCGCGGUAUUCACUUGUGGCUAGGACUCGAUCUUCCUGCAACUCCCGCUACCAAAACACUAGCUUCUUCAUCAUCGGCGGCGCAUCAUCACUACACACCCGCGAGUCCACUCCCGACUUCUCCCUUUUCUCGCCGCAAGUGCAUCCAACAAUGCAGCUCAGAAGCGACAAAGGCGGAUUGCGCGCGACCUCUUCUCGCAGCUCUGUUCUCCCAGGCCCCAGCAAGAUACGCAAGAGCCGUCCAACUCUGUCCAGUCGCGGCAACCGCAAGAUCUGGUACACUCGGCAUCUCCAGUACCUGCGCGUCUCCUUCCGUCGCAUCAAGCACGAAGAUCACAACCAGAGGGAAGGUUGUCUUCCAAACAACGACCACCUACGCAUCUUCCACCGCAUGUUUCCUGAGAUGGUGGUGCGUGGAUACAGCCAUCGUCAUUUGUACGAGAACUGGAGCAUGCGCUUCAAGCCAAAGCGUCCCCAGGAGUGGUAUACCGUCGGUCGCCCGAACAAGAAGCGGAAGGACGCGUACACGGCUGAGGAGGCGGAGCAGUUCGCAAGCAUUGAGCGCGCGAUCCAAGAGGCUGCCGUUGCGCUUGGGAUCACGGUGCCCUGGAUCGAGGUUGAAGAGCCAGAUGAGGAUGAGACGGUCCAAGCUGAGUUUGAAGACCGAGGUGAAGAAGUAGCUGAAAAUGACCUGGAGGGCGUAGAUGAUGGCGCUGAAGGGGAAGAGGGUGAUGAGGAGGAAGAGGAGGCUAGUAUCGACGACUUGGGCGUGGAGGAUUAUACCGAACAAGACAUCGAGGGGACGAGCACAGAAGACGAGAAUUCUACUAACGAGGACUCUGACACCGAGGCUGUUAAGAUGCACGAAAAUGGAAGCUCUACUAGAGACGUGGACAAUCGCGUUACCUAUAUUACUCUUAUGGGCGGUACUAUUAAGGGCUAUAAUGGUAAUAGUAGGACAGAGGACAACGAUACGCUUAAGCAGUCUCCUUAG